UUCUGUCCGACGACCGAAAUGGGCGGCAACCAAGAGACAUAUAUUAGUAAUAGCGGGAGCCGGCCCCCCUACUACAAUCCACGCACUACAUCACCAUCAUCGAGCAGUAACUCAAGGUCCUCAGCCAAUUCUGUUUUUUACAGGUCAGGCACUGCAGAUAAUCACAAUGUUACCACUCAAAAAAAGAGCGACGUUAUUGUUAUCAAUCACCACCAGCCGAAUCCAGCCAAGGACGAGCCUCGAUCGUCAGACUAUUAUAGAAGAUAACAGCAGUGCGGAUACAUCCGUGUCUAUUUCUUUCUAUGGAUUACCACUUGGUGUCCAUGUCUCAGUAUCCAGGAAAUUGUACGAUAUCGUUCUGUAGCAUUACCAGACGUGGGAU